AUGCAAGCAAAUAAUAAACAUGAUAUUGGUCUUUUUCUUGGUAAGUCUGUUGACAAUACAUUAAAAUAUGAAAUGCUUAUGUCUCCAUGGAACCCUUGUAGUGCUUAUGAUUUUAAAGCAGAUAUUAGUGUUGGUAAAAGACCUUUUUUGUUAGCUUGGCUUAAACAGUAUGAUUGGCUUUGCUACUCAGCCAUUUUUAAAGGAGCUUUUUGCAAAUUUUGUGUUUUGUUUGAACCACCGAUUGACAAAGGUGGAGUGCAAGGCGCAUUCAUAAAAACAGCGUUUAUUAAGUACAAACAUUUCCAAGCUCAGUCAAAGAUACAUUCAAAAUGUUCUUGGCAUAUAUCUUCAGUACAGAGUGCUAAAAAUUUUAUAGCUAUUAUGGAUGGUAAAAAAAUAGAUGUACAUCAAAUGUUAAAUUCGUCAGUGAAAAAUGUAAUUGAAUCAAACAAUCGUAAACUGCAUUCAAUAAUUUCUUCUAUUAUUUUCCUUGGUGUGCAUGGAAUACCACUGAGAGGAAAAACUGAUGACACAGCUAUAUUUAAUAAUUUACUACAUUUUAGGGUUGAAAGUGGAGAUGAAAUUUUGAAUGAUCAUUUUAAAAAUAGUGCUAAAAAUGCAAGUUACAUGUCUCAUAGAAUACAAAAUGAACUUAUAAGUAUAAUAGGUAAUGUAAUAUGUAAUAUGAUUUUAAAACGUGUCAAGGAAGCUGAAUGUUAUUCAAUAUUAGCAGAUGAAACAAUGGAUAUAGCGGGAAUAGAACAAUUAUCAAUAUGUUUAAAAUACGUGACUUAUGAAAACAACCAAACAGUUAUAAAAGAAGACUUUGUUGGGUUUAUUUCAUUGGAAAAAUUGGACUCAGAAAGUAUAUCAAACAAAAUUAUUUCUAGUUUACAAGAAUGGGGUUUGGACCUAAAUAAAUUGGUAGGACAAGGAUAUGAUGGUGCUAGCACAAUGGCUGGACAUGUCAGUGGUGUACAAAAAAGAAUAAGAGACAAGUAUAAGAAAGCAGUUUUUGUCCAUUGUGCUAGUCAUAGAUUAAACUUGGUUUUAAACGAACUGAACUCAGUUCCAUGUGUUCGGAAUACAAUUGGUAUUAUUAAAGAAACUAUAAACUUUUUUAAAGAAAGUUCAUUGCGUCGAAUAGUUGCUCCAAGUCUUACGAAAUUGUGUGUUACUAGGUGGUCGGAGUCACAUAAGGCAUUAAGAAAAUAUUAUGAAAAUUUCCUGUUGAUAGUAGAAGCACUAGAGUAUCUCAAAGUAAAUGGGAAUAAAGAUACAUCAUUGAAAGCUACAUGUCAUUUAAAUUCUGUUACCACAUCUCAAUUUAUUGUGUGCCUUAGGAUAAUUGCUAAAUACUCUGCAACUAUAGAACCUAUAACCAAUUCUUUACAGGGAAUAAAUUGUGAUUUAUUUAGUGCAAAUAAACAUAUUAAAGACCUUAUUAAAUAUAUCAGUGAUGACAGAGCUAAUAACGAAGAAAUGUUUCCAAUUUUAAUGAAAGAUAUUAAUAUGUACUUAAAUGAACUUGGUAUUACAUUAAUGACUCCAAGAGUAUCCUCAAAACAAACUUUAAGGAAUAACCCCCCUUCAUCAGGUCCAGAAGACUACUACAGAAAAUCUAUUUAUAUACCAUAUUUAGAUUCACUGAUCACAUCUUUAAAUGAAAGGUUCCCAGAGGAUAAUUCAAAAUAUGAGAUCAUUUCAGUUCAUCCUAAGUACUUAAAACAAACAAAAAAAGAAGAAUUUAUCAUACAACUCCAGAAUCUAAAAUCAUUUUAUGGAGAAUUCAUUGAGAAUAUUGAAGAAGAAGGCCUAGUAUGGUACAAUAUGUGGAAAGAAAAAAAUGAUGACAAUAUAGAUUUUCUGAAGUUAUUAGAUGAAGUCACAUUUCUACCUUCAAUAAAAAAAUGUAUUUUAAUAGCAGCUACACUUCCAUCUACUACAUGUAGCGUUGAAAGGUCUUUUAGCUCACUUAAAAGACUUAAAACAUGGCUUCGUAGUACUGUAACUGAGAACCGCUUGAAUGGCUUGGCAUUAAUGAAUAUUUACAAAACUUAUGUGCAAGCUCAAAAAUCAAAAAUUAUAGAUGAAACAAUAAAAUUAUUUGCUAUGGAGCCUAGGCGCAUGCAAUUUUUAUUUAAUGACCAAUAA